AUGGCACACGCACACCCACAGACGGCCUUUUCGAAUACUACCUUUCCCAAGCCAUCUUUCAUCAGCCGCCGGCGCGAAAUAGUUUACCAAAGCACCCUACUCUACCAACUUGACGUCCUCAAGUCGACAGGCCGCUACGAUGCCUUCAAGUUGCAAUGGGACCCUUCCUACAACGAUAAACCAAACGUGUGGCCAGUCCCAAAUCAUCUGUUCUGGGACUCCGACGUUGCGAAGUGGAUUGAGGGCGCCUGCUACUUUCUGCUCUGGAAACACAACGAGACUAUCGAUGGCGCUGUGAAGGAGCUGGUUGACAUGAUCCGCGCAGCACAACAGCCGGAUGGGUACCUCAACAUCCACUUCACUGUCGUGGCUCCUGAGAAGCGUUUUGUGUGCUUGCGAGAUUUUCAUGAAUUGUACAACGCUGGUCAUCUCAUCGAAGCUGCGCUUGCGCAUAACAAGCACUAUGGUACCGACGAUCUCAUGGAGCCAAUCCUCAAGUAUGUCGAUUUGCUACACAAAACCUUUGGUCCAGGCCCGGAGCAUAGGCAUGGUUACCCUGGACACCCAGAAAUCGAACUGGCACUUCUCCGCUUAUUCGAACAUACACGGGAUUCUCGACAUCUAGAUCUCGCUCGUUAUUUCAUCGAAGAGCGUGGGAACCCAACUGGACAGGGUGGACGGCACUAUUUUGAUGUCGAAGCCGAGGAGAGAGGAGAGAGCCCACAUGACAUGAUGGUGUAUUGGCCUGCCGAGAGGCCGUACCAGUACUAUCAAGCACAUGAACCUAUCAUCGAUCAGCCUACCAUUGAAGGGCACAGCGUGCGGGCGAUGUAUUUGCUCACGGCUGUGGCCGAUCUCGUCCGGCUCGACGGUUCGAAAGACAACAAGCCUAAGCGAGACGCUCUGGAGCGACUGUGGUCGAAUAUGGUAGAUAAGAAGAUGUAUUUGACGGGGGGGGUUGGAGCACAUAAGCAGUGGGAGGGUUUCGGAAUCGAUUACUUCCUCCCAUCCGGAACCGAUGAAGGCGGAUGCUAUGCCGAAACCUGUGCAGGAAUUGGAGUCAUGAUGCUCGCGGAGAGAUUACUUCAGCUCGAUUUGGACGGGAAAGUCGCCGAUAUCAUGGAGCUGUGCUUUUACAAUGCCGUUAUGACAGGAAUGUCUGCUGACGGGAAGCGAUUCACAUAUGUCAACCAGCUCGCAUCGACUGAUACUGACUUGUCACAGCGAGCUGAGUGGUUCACUUGCGCUUGUUGUCCCCCUAAUGUCACUCGAUUGUUUGGGUACGUUGGCGGAUAUCUGUGGACCUCGAAAGUGGACGAUAGAAGUUUAUCCGUGAACGUCCACAUGUACUCCUCGGCAACGCUAUCUGUCGAUGUUGGGGGCGCCACAGUCGAAAUCGAGCAGGUGUCAAACUGGCCGUGGGAAGGGAAGAUGGAAUUUGCUGUUAGGAAUGCAUCCGAUGUGCCGACGACAAUCAACCUCCGAAUUCCCGGUUGGGCAACUGAGUGGACGAUAUCACCAGACUUACCUAGCCCUCAAGUUGUGAAGGGAUACUUAAUGCUUCCUGCGGAUUGGCUCAGGGAUAAUCCGAACUUCACACUCAACAUUCCUUUGAAGUCGAGAUUUGUGUCUCCGCAUCCGUACACGAAUCAGGACAUCAUAGCGCUGGCGAGAGGGCCUCUGGUUUACUGUCUUGAAGACGUCGAUAACCCAUGGGUGAAUGACCAUUUUAAGAGCCUUGUUCUUGAUCCUGCGGCGGCUAUUUCUGAGACUGAAGCGUCAAUUCCAGGGACGGGAGAGCCAUAUGUCGCAUUGACCGGGCAGAACUGUGCGUCUUUCCUCAGCGUUGAUGCAAGUCUCGCCCCGCAAUUGCCUCGUGGAUCUACCACACAGGAGAGUGAUGUAAAGGUCGACAAGCUAAACUUUGAAUGA